AUGGAAUGGGACAACAACAGUUCCUUCAAAUACCAAACCCAGAUUUACUCUGGUGACAAGCCCACUUUUAUUCGUGCAGAGACAUACCCAGGCCACUGCAUUGCUGACAGAUUAAACAUCACCUCUCAUCACAACAACAGAAUACCCACACAAGUUUAUCACAGUGACCACAGAGGACUAUCAAUCCAGAUCCUUGACAACUCAUCCUCCAUGAACCCCAAGAAUCCAGCACCCCGCAGAUUCAACUUCAAAGCCACAGACUGGAACCAAUUCGCCGCAACACUGAAAGCCAACUACAAUGUCUCAGUUCCCACUAACAGGAACUUAAACAUCGAAGAAAUUGAUUCAACCCUGAGUAAAAUAUCGGAUCAGAUCAUCACAACCAUUAAUAGCACUGUCCCCAGGGCCAGCAGCUCUGACAGCGUCAAGAAAUACCUAACAAGACGAAUUAUUCGCCUACAAAAGGCAAAAUCUUCAAUGCUGACCCAGUACCACAGAUGUUUCGACAGUGAUUGUAGGUGCAAAAUACAAAAUACCCGAAGCGUAAAAAAACUACUUACAGAUCUGAGACUCGCCAUACAACAUGAAUUUGAUAAAUUCGUGGAGAGAUACUGGAAGAACCUUUAUCGAAAGAUAGACUUCCGUAAAUCCCACGAAUUUAUGCCUGCCAUAAAUAAAAUAUUCCGGCCAAAACCCAGAGAAACACUCCCUGAUAUCCACGUCAAGGACACAGAAGUUCACAUUCUACAGAGAAGCCAAUACAACGAGGACAACGCACAGAAGAUUGGAGAUGAAGUGAUUGUCUCUUACCCAAGCGACAAACUUAACGUCAUUGGGGCAUAUUACGAGACGAUCAACUCCCCCAGACACCUGAACAAUGGCACGAGACUACGUGAGAUCAUCGACAUCAAAACUCAGCAGUUCAAGACUGGCUUUGAUGAAGCUCGAGCUAAUGGAGAUACCAUCACCGUAUUCUCUGAUAAUAACCAUGCCUCUUUUCCAUCCACCGAAGAAUGCUCAUACUUCACGAGCCCUCUUAAGCUAGCAGGUAUCAUCAAGAGAGUCCCCAACAAGACCUCCAGUGGAAUUGAUGGUAUUCCCAAUGUCGUCCUGAAGAACCUACUAGAGGAAGUGAUCGCUGAUUAUGCCACUAAAGGCAAACCUCCGAACGCCCCCUCGAGCUACAGACCCAUCAGCCUCACUAUUACUAUAAGCAAGGUGUAUGAAGCUGUUGUGACCAACGCAAUCGUCAAGCACUGUAACGAGAAGGACGUGAUCCCGGGCAACCAAUUCGGAUUUCGCUUUCGGCACUCAACAACUCAUGCUAUCAACAAAUUCCUCUCCGAUGCCAACCAGGAGCUCCAAGCAGGGAACAUGAUCGGUGCCACACUGAUCGAUCUUGAAAAAGCAUUCGAUUCGAUGUGGCUCGAUGGACUUCUUUAUAAACUCCUGAAGAAGGAAUUCCCCGAUCACCUGAUCAGGCUGAUCUGGGAUAUGAUCAGAGAAAAACAAUUCUGCACCUGUGAGAACGCCGCCACAUCGUCAAUUGACUUCAGCAUUGCUGAGGGAUUGCAGCAGGGCACUGUGAAUUCACCAGUGCUCUUCUCAAUAUUCACAGCCGACAUCCUCUCGGCCUUUGGUAUGAACUCAGGAAGUGACGCAAGAUCAAUUGCUUACGCGGAUGACCUCAUUGUGUACAUCACUGGUAAACGAGCACCCAAGAUCCCGGAUGAGCUACAGAUCCUCGUUAACAAGGUUAACAAUUUGUACGCCACCUGGAACUUAAGACUGAACCCCACCAAAUGUGAAACAAUCCUGAUCAGACGCCCAUACCGAUUGAUCGGUGGCAGCGGAAGAAAAGGCAUCAAAGACUUCAGCAUCUCUACCCACCACCUGGAAACCAGAGAGAAAAUAGAUAUCCCGACCUGUCAAUCAGUCAGGUACCUUGGCAUGAUCCUAGACUGCCGCAUCAGAUGCGCGAUUCACCCCGGUACCCAGUUGACCAAGGCGAGGAACAGAUGUCGGAGCCUGGAGAGACUUUUCCACAACUCCCACAUCAACAAACGAGCUAAAGUAAUCUGUUACCUCAUCUUGGUAAGGCCCCUGCUCACCUAUGCAGCCCCAGUCUGGUGGAACACUGGUGUUGCACAAAUGGAGAAAAUCCGAAGAUUCGAACGCCAAUGUCUCCGAGCAGCACUGAAGCUCUACAGAACUCAGGAAUCAGACUAUCUCCUCAGCGUGAGCAAUAAGUCUCUCUACAAUGAAGCUGAGAUCCCUAGGAUCGACAAUUUCAUAAUAGAACUGACGAGAAAUUAUAAUCAAGGCCUAGGGGGAAUCAAGAAUCAAACGAUAGAAUCGUUGGUCAAUGUUGAUCCUACUUAUGUGAGCCAAGCAGCGGCUACGGGAUACUUCCUUCCCCAGUCGUUCACAUAUUUUGAUCGCCUUGGCAACACCCAAGAUGCUAACAACAUCCCCACGAUCUACCACCGAAGCAGACACAAAACUAAUAAAGCUCUGCCGCUGAAUUCUGAUGAACUUGGUAGAACCAAGUACUCUACUGCCAUACCUGAGAUUGACCUGGCGGUCAAUCUGGAAUUUUAA